AAGAGAGCUUUUAUUUGUGCGUAUUCAAGAUGGCAGCAUGUUCUGAGCAAGAGAUAGACGGGAAACUAUCGACGGAUUUCUGUUCAAAUUUUCCCGUAUCUCCAGUGCCGAUUCAAAACAGCGAACUGUUCAUUAAAAAAUCAAGGACCAGCGAACGGAUCCUAUUGGAGAAAGUCUCCAACAACGAGAGCCCGGACCUGUCCCAGCUGUCGGACGAGCAGUUCGAGGACAUCCUCAAGGAGUUGGCGCAGUGCAAGAGCGCGGCACGGUCGAGCUCGCUGGUGCGCUGCCUGCGCCGGGGGGUGCGGGACCGGGAGGAGGCCCCGCCCUCCCUCCAUGGGGCCCCCCACCGCUCCCUGCAGGACCUGCCCCAGUGCACGCGGGUGGCUGGCAGGGGCCGGCCGGGAAGGCCGGGCGGGCCCCCCUGCGAGGCCGAAACCCCUCCGGGGGACGCGCGGCCUGCCCUCAACAACGGGACGGCUCACCGGGACGACCUGGCCGCAAAGCCGACUGCUGUGGAGCUCCUGGAGACCAAGACGUUCCUGCUUGAGAGCGAAGCGACGGGGUCGCGGGUGGGCGGCCGGCCGGGCAAGGGCAAGAAGGGGCGCAACCACGCGGAGGAGACGGUGCGACUGGCCCGGCACAUCGAGGGCAACCGGGGGGACGACGCCAUUGACGCCCUGGUGGCCUUCAUCUGCUCGGAGGACAAGGCCGGCAAGGGCCCCAACGGCCUGGAUCGCAAGCUGAAGGCGGCACCCCGCAGGGCUCGGCACCCACCCCGAGAGCGGGAGAGGCCCUUCUCGCCCAGCUUCUACUCGGACCAGGGGGCGGAGCCGGAGGAGGGCCCCGGCCGGCCCGACGUGUCCUCCUACUCGGACGUGGAUCAGGUGCAGGAGGAGUUCCGACUGGUCACCAAGAAGCAGCGGCGCCGGGGCAAGGAGGCCCUCCCCCGCAGGCCCCCGUGCCCGGCCCCUGUCACGCCCCCCUCCGAGCCCUCGUCCCCGUCGGACAGCGGAGGGGGGACCCAGCCGUCCCCCCGACCCACCCCCCCCACCUCGUACGCGGACGUGGCCCGGAUGCCCCGCGGUGGCUGCCGGACGCCCCCCCCGGCCCUCCCGCCACCCCCCGUGGUGCUGCUGGGCGGAGCGUCCCUUCCCCCCUGCGGGCCCUUGGGCCAGAUCACCUUCGGCUUCGACGUGAACGAGCAGCUGGUGCGCAUGACGCUGGACGGGCCCCGUCCUCCCGACCCCCUGGGCAGCUUCAACUACGCGGACGUGGUGCACUUCCUCGGCUCCGCAUGGAACCGGGCCUUCCAGAGCAACAAAAGAGACCCGGACGGAGGGAGCGGCCCCGACUGCGGGGGAGCCGGGACGGCCUGCUACUACCGGGACGCCUCGGCACCCGGCCGGCCGGACAGCUAGUGUGCGUGGGGCUGCGGGCGGGUGCUCCGCGGACCCCCGGUGCAGUGCGUGCGUCGGACCACGUGCCUCGGAAGAGCCCUUCGGACUGCUUAGGAAAUGGUGACGGACGACCCCGGCUGGCCGCCGUCUGUGCGGGACGGGAGGAAGGAAGUGUGCCCCUUGCGGGGGAACCUCUGGUGCGACGGGGGGACCUUUGUUUUGCCGUUGUGGGACCCCCGGGACGGCCCCCGCCCUCUCAGAAGGCUGGGAUCACCCUCCCCGGUGGGACCACCUUGCCCGGUGGGACCACCCUCCCUGGCGGGAGCCACCGCUCGCGGGGAGGACGCCCUCUGCGAAGACCGCUCCGGCCAAAGGAGGUGGGCCGCCGCAACCUGCCCUGGUCGCCCUCACCGAGACUUUUUUUUUUUAAUUUGUUCUCUUUGCGGAGAAGAUUGUGAUGAACUUCCCCCUGCAAUUCAAUUUGCGUGGAGAGAGGUUUCGUCGAAGACAUGUUACGAUUAAUUUAUUAUAAUUAUUGUUGUUACUAUAAUUAUGGUGGUUUUGGGAAGGGCGCGUCGGGAGAAGAGGUGGCCCCCGAACGGAACAAAAGCUAGGUCAGGGUACGAAGGAGCCUAGUUUUUCUUUUUCUGGUUUUUUAAUUGUCAGAUAUAUAUAUAUAUAUAUGAAAAAAAAAAAAAAAAAGAUAUACGCGUAUGAUCGAGACAGCCACCGAACACUCUUCCAAGCAGUGAGUGUUACAAGGGCCUAGCCACAUCGCCGGACGGGUGCCGCCCUUACCUUACGUUUCCCCUCAAACCUCUCCGCCCAUUUUGUCGUCGCACAAAAGGGGUCCGGCGAAGGGAGCGACGGCACGUUUGCGGUGGCGCGCGUCGACCAAAUGCUUCGCCGAGGCUCCGCGCGCGGGAGGGCAAGACGAGCAGUCCACGAGUGCCGUCGGAGGUUGUACAACCGGCUGCACGUUGCAGUCGCGACUAGUCCGAGAUGGGGGCCUCUGGGGCAGCGGGGGGAGGCCCGGCAGCCGUGGGGGCGUCGCUCGCGGUGCCGCGUCCCGGCUGCCGGAGGACCUUGAGGGACACUUGCUCAGCUACUCGUCGGGAGCGAGGGCCUCCCCUCCUGCCCCUCAAAAAAUAAAAGACAGGGAUCGAGCGAGUGCAAUGGAGAAAUAAAAGUUGCUUCGACAGUUU